UUAUUUUUGAAUUAUUGAUUUAACCUAUUUUAAUGGUUUUCUGUCUCUUCAAUUUGCAUUUGUUCUUCUCGUAUUUCAAGGAUUUGGUGGGGAGGGAAGUGACGGUGGAAUUGAAGAACGAUUUAGCGAUUAGAGGGACUCUACAUUCGGUUGAUCAAUAUCUCAACAUUAAGCUGGAGAAUACUAGGGUUGUUGAUCAGGACAAGUACCCCCAUAUGCUUUCAGUGCGAAACUGCUUCAUUCGAGGAUCUGUCGUCCGAUACGUCCAAUUGCCACCCGAGGGAGUUGAUGUUGAGCUUCUGCAUGAUGCCACUAGAAGAGAAGCACGAGGGGGUUAACUCGAGGUGACCCAAGCCUUGUUGUUAUGAGCUCGAAGCAGUGGAUUCUUCGUCUUAAGUUUGGGAGACUUUUUACUCCUGCAUUACUUGGAAAUAGUAUUUCUUUUCAAAUUCAGGCACGGGCUAUUUGGAUGUAUAGACAUUUGUGUAGUCGACAUUGAUUAAUCUUAAUAUCAAAUCUUAAUGCUA